CCUAUCGUUUACAUGACAGUUGCAGUUCUUGUUCGACAUACACAAUGAUAAUACCUCAUUGUAGCUGAAGUCUUACGAUAUUUUAUUACCUGUUAUUAACGAACACAGUUAAAAAAGAGAACCACGAAUGGCGGGGGGUAAAAGGGACAAAAAGGACAAAGGUUACUAACGUGAAUUUACUAAAUUAAAAUGACUAAACUUAAUUAAACUAGCCUAAAUUACGACGUUUUGUUUAAAAAUUAAGUUUAGUCUUCUUAGUCUUAGUUAUAAUUAUAGUUAUAGUAUACUAGUAUACUAAUACUAUGUAUAGGUGGAUUUAAAUUUUAUACUCUAAGUUAGUAGAGUCUAUAACGAUGACUACAAAUUAUAGGCUUACCCAUGUCAUACUCGUAGUUAAGUAUACUCGUACAACAUAACUAUAAAUAAUCACUACAAGUACAAGCAGUGGCGUAACGCUAGGGUAGUGACACCUGGUGCAGUAAACUCAUGUCAUGAGUGUCAUGUUGCAUACCCCCGACUUCCACGAUGGAUUUCUUCUUUUUAAAAUAAGUCCUCAGUAUAACAAUUCCAAGAACAAAAAUAAAUUAAUUGAAGGUCAGGAAGUAAUUGUAUUUAAAUUUAAGAACUGUAGCAACGUUAAAUUAUAGUUAGGACUACUUUUACAUUAAAUGUACUUUAUUUAAAAUUUUUAUUUCCUGUUCUUCAAAGCUGCAAACCUCUCAAUAACUUGUCAUUUUUUAAUUUUGACAGAUUUGAUUCAUGUACUGGUACUUAGAAUCGCCGAAGCACAUCAUAAUUAGGUAUCAAUGGAAAGUAGGGGUGUGCCGGAUUCCGGUCCAGAAUCCGGUUCCGCCGGAUUUUGCACUAUCCGGUGAAAUCCGGUUCCGCCGGAUUUACAUGUAUCCGGAACAACCGGAUUCCGGAAUCCGGAAUAUACCGGAUUUCGGAAUUUGCCAGAUUUUGUGACUCACCGGAUCAUAAUCUGAAAUAAAAGUAAUUCUCUUUCCCGAAUUCCACACGAUCACGAUACAUUAAUCGAUUGUUUCGAGCGUUGAGCUUGUUUUAUGUUUAAUAUUCCGUACAUACCAGAGGCUAGAGUCAGCACCGCUAAUAGUGGCCAAUAGUGUAGGGACUUUGAUUAGAAAAUUUAAACUUUUUGUAAAAAUAAACCAAUGGCAUAGUUGAAAAGAUGUAAUUUUUUAAAGAAUUAUAACACCAAAAUCAUAUAUUUAGCUGUUGUAGUUUUAAAGUUAUGAAUUUUUAAAGUACGACUUGGUUUGUCAUUUUUUAACAUGGACUGCAUCUCCACAUUCUGUGAUCUCAUUCCACCAAUCCCGUCAUGCGCAAUGACUAUAUAGUUUAUAUAAGGCAACGCAUUCCCUGCCUUAUCACUAAAAUACUGUUUAGACUUAGUUUAAACUUUCAACUUUGGCACAUGAAUAAUUAAUUAAAGCUUUCCCUGACCAAUGGUUUAAUAGUUUUUGCACACGGCAAACUCUUAUGAAUGAAACUCUGAGGUAGUACUACGAUACAGUUAUGCAAGUGGCUGUGAAUGGUUGCCAAUGACAACGUGUUGCACACGGUAAAUUCUGAUCAUUUAUAAUAUGGAUUCUACCGGGUUGUUAAAGCUCAAAUUAAAACAUUCCAGUUUAAAUGUCUUUAAAUGCAUUCUGAAACACAAGUUAUCAAUUAUUUUGAUGUAAAUAGUGAUAAUAUAUUAAUAUUUCCUAAGUAUCGUCAACUUCCGCCAUUAAAAAGGGGGGCGUGGCCAACCCCAUGGCGAAAUUAGGUUGAGCGAGCUGCAUGACCUGCUGCGAACGCGUAGAAACAUGGCGUCUCUCGUAAGACACUUAUCCAAAUGGAACGGAACUCAAAUAUAUAUCGAAAGUACUAAUUUAAUAAUAAAUAGACACACACAUCGGAAAAUUAAAAACUCGGAUUUUUUGGCGCCGAUUGCGAAUUCCCAUACACAAAAAGUAGUAGUCCACCUUGACUUACCGAAGUAUCUACCAAUAGUACCAAAAUCCGGAUCCGGCGGAUUUCGCAUAAGAAAAUCCGGAUCCGGUUGGAAAAAACGGAUCCGGCACACCCCUAAUGGAAAGCUUUAUUUCUCAGAGUUUAGAUAAAUAUAGUAUCCUGUCACUUACAAAAGAAGUUACCAAACACUUCAAUCUGUGUUGAAUCAUGGUCAAAACAGUGUUUUUCUGACCUAAUUAUAAUUAUAGGGGUUACCUCAUUUCUGACAUAUCAACCUUGAACUUUUAAUGAAGCACACAUUUGGAUUGUUUACAUGUGUGCAAAAAUGCAUGUGCGAUCGGUUAACCUUUUAUGAAAUUCGGUUAGACUGAGCAGUGUGUUUUUCAAGUUGCUGUUACACCCCCCCUCCCCCCUUUCGCAGAUUAUGUCACGCCAGUGCUGUCCGCACCCACCUAGCUAUGCUACAGAUUACAAGCCUUAUAUCUAGACCUAAGCCAGGGGUCAGAAACAUUUUUGAAACUUCUUUUUCACUUUGACUUUAUGAUUUUUAUAGGCCCAUGCAUGUGCUCCUCUUUUAAUGGGGGAGGUUUUGGAGUAUCAGCAUGGAAGCGAUUCUGGUAAAUGUUGGUUUGGCGCGCUGUAAAAUAUUUGUUUGAUUAAAUGUAAAACUAUUCACUGGCUAUUUACAGAUGCAGCGUGGUGGUGUUGAUGGAUACAAAGUACAAACUCCAACGCCCAAUAAUGAAGAGUUUUAUUUCCACUAUACAUCUGGUUCACAAGUAGUAGGUUAGGCUUGAACAUACAUGAAUAGAAUAAAUUAUUUCCUCAGCUGACUAACUCCUGCUCAAAGGACGAUCUCUCUUUCCAAAUAAACCACAAGGUCCAGAAAACUCAAGCUCUCGACAUCCCUUAAAUCGUUCUCUUGAUCUCUUGAUAACUCACAGUGUUUAUACUCACUCAUUCUAAACGCUCACACAGAUUUGAACCUUGGGACAUGGACUUUCGCUCACUGCAAUUUAAGCAGCUCACUUAACCUAAUUAUUAUGCAUUGCUCAUCUCUUUUAAACCCAUCCUUGAAAUAUCAUAAGAGUUCACGUAAAUAAUUAGAGUUCACUUAACCAACUUAUUAAAUAACUCAAUACACCCCUCACCUAUGAUUCCAUGACCUUAACACGAACGACUUACCAGUAUUUCUCACAGCCGCCAUCAUGGUGGCCAUAUUUGCAAACACAUGUCUGCUAAAAUGGGGAGGGGAAAUGGAGAGAAUUGGCUGGUUUAGCUAUUUACAGAGAGAAACAAAAAUAGGAACAAGAUGUUAAAAGCUAAUGAAAAAAUUUCAGCUGGUACAUUAACUUCAUCUUUGUGGCGAAUGAAACUACUUUAUUCUAUCCCUCUAGGUAUACAGCUAGAAGUCUUAACAACCUGUGGUCAGCCCCCUUUCUUGCCGGUACAUUAAUUUUGUGGCAAAUGAAGCUACUUUUUUGUAUUCCAGUAGAUACGCUGCAAGAAGUCUCAAUCUCUGGUCACCCCCUUUCCUGGCAUAACUUCAGCCUGUACAUUAAUUUUGUGGUGAACAAAGCUACUUUAUUGUAUCCGUCUAGCUAUGGUUCAAGAAUUCUCAACAACCUGCGGCUGCUCUCUUCCCUCAACUAAAACUUGGGUAUUACAGUUAAACACUGUGUUAUGCCCCCUAUUGUGUUCAAUGAAUGUGAACAAGCUCAUGGUCUAGGGGUUUUGAAAAGGGGGCUAAUACAGGUAGAUUUUAGACACACUAUUGGCUAAAAUAAAGACAAUCAGUGCUCUAUAUAAAUGUUCUUUAUUAUAUUGAUUAGAAUAUGAACAAAGAUACAUGAAAUCUACAUAUAAUGAAAUGAAUCCAGGUCUAACACUAACAAUAUCUAACCUCACAGUAAAAAUAAUAUUAACAAUACUAUCACAAGUCUAAGUUCCUGGAAUUAAUAUUUCAACUAACUAUGGAAUGGCCCUAUCAAGUACUUAGCAAAAUGCAACGGAAGACUUGUCACGCCUCGAUAUGCUCAUCGUUUUAUCGUUUGGUCUCUCCCUGUAGGGGUGAUGUGCCAGUCUUAUAUACUCAUUUCGCAUUGCAUUGACCUUAAAGUAGGUCAGUGUCCGCGUAAUCGUUUUUUGUUGUGUCUUUGUUCGUACAAAGACGUUAUGCUUCCUGGCUGUGGUAUUCUAAACCGGCCAUGUUAAUGGGGUACCUAAAGAAAAGGGUCCAACCUCGUAAAAACUGUGAUAAGGAAAGUGUACAAAUGAAGAAAAAAUUCAAAAUAUUUUUGAAGUAAUGAAAACCCAUUUUUAUUGUAUACACUUUUACACGCUUUAUUGCAGGUUCCACCCAAUAUAAAAUCCAAACGUUUUCAGAAAAAUCAAUAGUCAGUACAAUUCCCAUUUUCCAAAAUGCUUGGAAAAUUUAAAUAUUAUAAUUAGCCACCCAAUCAAAUUAUAAUUUAAAAUUUUUUAUAAAGAACAGUAAAGUUAACUCUCCAAGAAUAAGCAAAAGGGAUAGAAUCCUACACUGAAACUCAAAGUGUUACGCCAUAAGUGUUACAACAUAAGCCGAGCUUUUUAAAAAUUUAUUUUGAACCUUGAAAUUUUUAAAACAACUUUUUUUUAAACUUAUAGAUAUCAUUUUGCUUUUUCUUAUAAGUUAUAAACUUAAUUGAAUUUCAUACUUUGUCAAUGGUCAGAUUUAGUUUAGCCUAUAAUUUGUAAUGCUUCAUAAAGAAAAGGCAAGUUAUCCCACAAUUAGUUCAGGUCGAACACUUCACCUCGUCACUGUAAGUUGAGUGUUGUGAUUCCCCGGCUCAAAGUGAUGUGACUGUGCUUAGGGUGAGACAACUUUUGACAAAAGCCAUCCCGCUAACCCAAGCUAUUCAGCCCUUAUCUGCUAAAAUAAAUCUUUUGAGAGCAGCAGGAAGGGGGUGGAAUUGAAAAGAAAAUGUAACUUCUAAUAUUUUUAAUUUAGAAACUACAUUGAAAAAAAACAAACAACUAGGCCUAGGACCUAAAAUUAAAUUAUUUAUUCACUCAUUUUAUUGUAGCAUUUUCUUGAAUGCUACUCAAAACACAGGCUUGGGUUUGGGUAUGAGUUUGACAAUGACUUGUUACAUGAAAAUUUAUUUUCUCCUACUACUACUAUGAUUAAAACAUUUUUUUUUUAAUCAAACAACAUAAGCCUAAUUCAUUUAUCUUGUAUCAGGCUAUGUAUAAGUUAAAUUUUUAAUAAUGGAAAAAAGCUGAAUUUAUUCCUUUAAACUGAAAAUGCAGAUAUACUUGCUAUUAACUCUUAGAUUUAAAUUCUCAGGAUUUAAUCAAAAUUUCUGUUUUUUUUUUGUCAGAAGAAAGGAAAUCUAAGAAAGCAAAAUAUGAGGCUGAAAUCAAUGAUGAUGAUGAUGAGGAAGAUGAACAAAUUGACAAAGGAGGUAAUUUUAAGAUUUUACAAAACAUAAAAAUGAUGAAGGUCACACAAAUAAUUUACUAAUUUUAAUAUAACAACAUCUUAUGAAGUAAAAGUUAAAAAAGUAUAAAAGUCAAAUUCACCAUUUAAUAUAUUAAAUAAAUAAACAUUUUAAUGUAAAUAGCUGUAUUUUAAUAUAGCCAUUAAUAAUAAUUGUAUUUUAUUAUAAUUUAUAACCAUCAUAAAAUAAGUUAUAGAAGUUGUUUUGGGGGAAAUUUUAAAUUUAUAUUGAGCAAAAAGUACAAAUAGUCACCACAAAAUUUGCUAUUUUAAAUAGCUGUCCCAGCAUCAGCAUCUCGUGAAUGUGUUGAAGUGGCACCCCAGGAUGAAUUUGGUGCUCAAGAUUACAGGCAGUCUUUGGAAUUAAAACAAGAUCAUAAAUCAAGACCAAUUUGGAUUGUAAAUAUUGUUUUCUAUAAUAUUAUUAAGCAGGCAUAUUUUAUUAAAAACUAAAUUAAGACUUUAAAAUUUCACAUCAUUCAAUUUUACAAGCAUUAAAAUUGUUGUCUCAAAUGAAAAAUCUAAUUUUUGUCUCCAUAUUGAAUUAUGAAUUAGAUUUAAAAUGAAUAUUUUGUUAAUUAUAGUUAAAAAAAUUUGAUGUUAUUUAGUGGAACCAGAUCAAAGUUGUAUUAAAAUUUCCUCUUUUUUUUUUUUUACAUCAUUCCAGGCCCCAAAUGGGCAUGUAUUUUUGGAGUCCUUUUCUCCUGUUUAUCGGCAUGCCCAUGACUUUCUUAUUGCCAUAUCUGAGGUAAACUAUGUGAUCUAUUAUAUAUACUAUAUAUAAAAGUCUAAAUAAACUAAGUAGAACAGAUUUAUUAUAAAUAAAUAUAUAUUUUAUCUAGUAACAUAAAGAUCAAUACAUUUAAAUCGUAAAUUUUAGGAUUACCUCUUUACUACCAUUUUUUACUAUAUUCACAGCCUGUUUGCAGACCAAUUCAUGUCCAUGAGUACAAACUUACAGCAUAUUCUCUCUAUGCAGCUGUAUCGGUGGGACUACAAACAAAUGAUAUCAUAGAGUAUCUACGAAGGUUGUGUAAAACAACACUCCCCAGUGGUAUUGUAGAGUUUAUUAAAGUAAGUUUUGACUAAUUUUUUGUGUCAUUAACUUGUUAUCCUUAAAAAUUAGACAUUGAAAUUCACUUAAAAAUUGUUGUCAUAGCUGUUUUGGCAGUAGCUUUUUGUUUAUAGCCACGUGUGGCCAUCCAAGCCACUGCAAUGGCCACGUUUCCUAAAAAGGAUGCCAAUAACUUCUGUAGAAUUAUAUUUGGAAUAAAAAAAUAUUUUUAUGACAACACUGCCCACAAUUAAAAUUUUUAGGGAUAAAAAAAGUUUUUCACCAACACCAUUCAAAGGGACAUUUUGUAAUCCUUCUAAUUUACACAAAUUGUUUAAAACGCUCAAACAAAAUCAACUAUCCUAAUAUGUCUCAAUUAUUUUUAAACGUAACAUGACGUCUUACAUUGUGGUGGAAGCUUCAAAUAAAAGAUUUACAAAUUAAAGUAGUGAAAAUGAAAGAUUCAGAUGACCACUUGUGGCCAUUGAUUAACAUAUUGCCCAAUGCAGUUUAUAGCAUAUAACAAUUUUUCUCAGUUUCUGCACAUAAACUCUUUAAAUUUUGAUGAAAAUAUUUAUAUUUAUUGCUUUUCUUAGCACUUUUAAUCAUUUUUCUUACUUAUUAGGGGGGCUUGUGUUAAAUUAACAUGUUAAUUAUUAAAAAUUGAAUUUUUUUUACUGGAGCUUUAUUAAAUUCUUUCUUUAAAAAGAAACUCCAAAGAAAUAUUCAAUUCAGCCUGACAUUUAUUAGUGUGUCUUUUUAAGAGAAAAAAAAAUGAAUAUAGUUAUUUUAAUGCAUCUCCCCAAUACAAUUAAAGUAAUUAUAAGCAUCAUUUUUCUCAGCUGUGUACUUUGAGUUAUGGGAAAGUCAAACUAGUCCUCAAGCACAACAGAUACUUUGUUGAGAGCCAGUACCCAGUAAGCUGGAGUCAAGUUAUAUUUUUUAAAUUUAUAUUAUUAAUAAUAUUACAUUUUUAAUUCAUACCAUUAUACAAAAACUAUAUGUAUAAGCUUAUUUUUCUAGGAUCUAUGCCAGAUUAUAACUAUUACUUGUUUUUUGUGCAUUAAUUCCAAAUGGUGUAGAAAUUUUCAAUUUGUCAGUUAUGCUCAUGCAUUAAAAUACCUUUAAAUGAUCUAACAUUUGUAUUAAUCAUUUUUAAUUCAUUAUAUGCACAGAUUUUAAUUAACUCCUUAUUAUUUAAUACUUAAUCUUUUCUUUAAGGAUGUUCUCCAAAAAUUGUUAAAAGAUCACAUCAUUCAGUUAACUAGAAAGAGAGAACUAGAGGAUGGGGAAGCAUCAGAUGAACUAAUUGCUGGUCAGCUUUAUGGGAAAUCUGCCCUUCAGGUACUUUACUGUUUGACUUGUUUGAACCAUUCCAGUCAGCAUACAGGGCGCAUCACUCUACUUAGACAGCCUUGUUGCGCGUCGUAAGUGAUGAGGGCCAGGUAUCGAUUUUGUCUUUACUCGAUUUAUCGGCAGCUUUCGAUACGGUCGACCACGGCAUACUGCUCCAGAGUCUGCAACAAACGUUCGGUCUCACUGAUACCGUCCUGUGUUGGUUCCGAUCGUAUCUGACUAAACGGGUGCAGUCAGUUAUUUCAAACGGCUUGACCUCGAAGAAAUCUAAUAUCGAAUUCGGAGUGCCCCAGGGCUCGGUCCUAGGCCCGGUGCUUUUCACGAUGUACAUUCAGCCCCUGGGUGCAGAGAUCAGGCAGUUUGACAUGUUGUAUUACAUGUUCGCGGACGAUACACAACUUCAUCAAUCCGUGAUCCCUUCUCAGUUCCCUCAGCUGCUCAGUAUGACACAGAAGACAAUGGAGUCGGUUAAGCACUGGAUGACCAUAAACAAGCUCAAAUUAAAUGAUGAUAAGACUGAGCUGCUCCCCAUCGCGACCGCUCAGAAGCAAAAAUCUGCAAAUAACACGACAUCCAUUACUCUCUCAGGUGUGCGUAUUGCGGUACCUGGGUGUCUACCUAGAUAGAAGACUAACUUUUGAAAGUCAUAUUAACAUGCUAUGCAGGGCGAUUUUUCUGGAGCUGCGCAGGAUUAGUCAAAUCAGGCCCUUCCUAACAAUUGAUACAACAAAGAGGCUGAUGUCUGCAUUUGUGCUAUCACGCAUGGACUAUUGCAAUGCUCUCAUGGUGGGUCUUCCAGCUACGCUACUGGAUAAAAUUCAAAUAGCACAGAAUAAUGCGGCUCCCAUUGAUCUCCGUAAACGCAAGUUCGACCAUGCAAAAACACUUCUGAGAGAGUUGUAUUGGCUGCCGGUGCGUGCUCACAUAGAGUACAAAAUCGCAACUUUGUGCUACCGCUGCUUACAUGAUCUGGCGCCGUCCUAUCUGAAAGAGCUGCUGAUGCCUUAUGUACCCACUAGAGAGCUCCGCUCAUCCGAUAGUGGCAAACUCUCGACACCACGUGUUUGCCUUGAGACUUACGGAAAGCGCAUUUUCGCAUUUGCUGUUCCAAGAAUUUGGAACGCCCUUCCUGUCGAUCUCAGAAACAUCCAGACACUGGAGUCCUUUAAAACCGAUUUAAAGACACAUCUAUUUCGCAAACACCUUCUGGGAUGAUUGUCUACCUUAUUUUCCAGUUAAUGCAAAUUGGAUGUGUUGCUUAGGGUUGAAAUGGCUAGAAUGACUUUGCCAUUGUAUGCUUGUAAUUAGUUUUUGUAGUGUUGCGUUUGUUUUAAAUGUGGUAAAUUAUAGAUUUGUUUUUGUUGACUUUAUAUCGCGCUUCGAGCCUUUGGAGAUGAAGCGUGUUUUUGAAAUGAACUUUAUUAUUAUUAUUGUUAUUUUUAACUACCUUUUGAGCAAAAAACAUGUUUAAAAUUCUUUUCAUGAGUUUCUAAUAAUUUUAAGAAAUCAAAAUGUUAAACUGUGUUAUUUUAUAAUAAUUUUUAAAUAUUUCAAAUAAAUAUUGAAAGCACUAAGACUUUAGUACUUUUUGUUCAAUCCUGUCAUAUAUUUCAACAGCUUAACAAGCCUGUUUCCAAGCCUGGAGAUUUACAAGCGGGCACAUCAGCUGGAGUUAAUGGUGCAACUGGGGAAGCCAAUGAAGAUGUCCCUGAUGAUAUAUUUGAGUUGUAUGACAAGAUGGACAAAGAAGAUGAUGAUGAAGAUGAAGCUCAGUUGAAAACUGUGUCAUUUGAAGUUAAUCCUGAAGAAAUUGAGACCUUGCAAAAGAGGUUGUUAAUUUAAUUUGAUUAGUAUUUAAUUUUUCAUUUAUGAACAGAGAGUAAUCUUAAUUUGAGAAAACAUGCUUGUGAACAUAAUUGCUGAUGUAACACCCAGGCAUAUUAUACCAUGAAUAUUAAACAUAGUCUAUAAUGAGUCAAAACAUUUUGAGGAUGCUGUACAAAUUAUCAUUAAUUACGUUUUUUUUUUUUUUUAAAUUAUUAUCUAUUGUGUCAUUACCAGAUGUAUUGAAUUGGAACACCCACUUUUGGCAGAGUAUGACUUUAGAAAUGAUACUUUAAAUCCAGAUGUAAAGUAAGUUAACUUUAUAUACUAUUUAAGAUAUAAAGAACCUGAUUUUAUGUAUAUUAUUUUUAAUCCAUUCGUUGCUUUCUCUUCAUCAUCAUCCUGAUCUGGUAGCCCUUUGGUAAUAUUCUCUUCAGCCUGACAUAUUUUUUUAAUUUAAAAAAUAUGUUGGCAGUGUUAUUUUUCAAUGUUGACUUGCUAUUCACUACAUUUCUAGUAUUGAUUUGAAGCCAUCCACUGUGCUGAGACCAUACCAAGAGAAAAGUCUCCGUAAAAUGUUUGGUAAUGGGAGAGCAAGAUCUGGUGUAAUUGUUUUACCUUGUGGUAAGCCAUUUUUUCUUGGUUAUUUAGUUUAACAUGUAUAAGAUAUUUUAUUAUAUGUAGUAUUUACAUUUUAUCUUGAUAUAUAUUUAUAUAUAUAUUCAUAUUUCUAAGAAUAAAAAGUGUAUACGGUAACAUAAAUUUACUGUAAGAAAAUUGUAUCUAUUAGUACUAUUAGGUUUUAAGCAUACAAUAAUUUGUAAAAAAAAUUUUUUAAAUUAAAAAUUUGUAGGUGCUGGUAAAACAUUAGUAGGUGUGACAGCUGCCUGUACUGUACGAAAACGGUGUAUUUGCCUGGCUACAUCUGGUGUUGCUGUUGAACAAUGGAGGUCCCAGUUUAAAAUGUGGUCUACAGUUGAUGAUAGCUUAAUAUGCAGGUUCACUUCUGAUGCCAAAGACAAACCAAUGGGUAAACAUUCUAUCUCUCCUUGGUCAUUCAUUUAAGAAAAAUUAGUUGAUAAUGAAAAAUAUUCAAAGAUUUUUAAAAUAUUUUUUUAAUAAAUAAUGUAAACUUUAAAAAUAUUUUAUAUCAUUUAUUCUAGGCUGUGCCAUUUGCAUAAGUACUUACUCUAUGUUGGCCCACUCCACCAAACGUUCAUAUGAAGCAGAAAAUGUUAUGAAAUGGCUCAAGACUCAGGAAUGGGGUUUGAUGGUGCUUGAUGGUAAGGUAUAUACUUCCUUUUUGUGUUUCUUUUUUUUUAGCCAUUUUUUUUAUUUCAAUGGUUUGUGUAUAAUUCAUGCAUUGAAAUUACUUUUUUUAAUUCAAGAAUGUUGCAAAAACUCUAAAGCCUCGUAUCAUUUACUAAUUUCUAGAGGUACAAACUAUCCCAGCUAAAAUGUUCCGUCGUGUACUAACCACUGUCAAUGCUCAUUGCAAACUUGGACUGACUGCCACCCUAGUCAGGGAGGAUGACAAAAUUGCUGAUCUUAACUUUCUUAUUGGCCCCAAGUUAUAUGAAGCAAAUUGGAUGGAGUUACAGAAUUUGGGCUAUAUUGCUAGAGUCCAAUGUGCAGAGGUUUGUAAUUAAUUUUACUUAUUGAAAUUUAACAUUAAAAUAUUAAACCCACAAGCAUUUUCUAUGAGAAACAAACUUACAAUUUAAACAUUUGUUUAGUAAAAUGUUUUAAAAUCUGUUUGUCAAUAUUUUACAGGUUUGGUGUCCAAUGACCCCUGAGUUUUACAGAGAAUAUCUUUCAAUGAAAUCUCAAAGAAAACUGGUAUGGUAUAUUAUAUAAAAAAAAUUUUUUUUAAAUUUUCAAUUCAUGUUUAUUUUAUUUUAUGUUUUUGUUUGGUAUUAAUUUUUUGUCUUCCAAAAUCUUAUUUUGUUAUCUUUCUAUUGUUCCACAAAUUGUUCAUUGUUUUUAAAAUUGUGUUUGCUUGCAUGAAUUUUUUUUAAAUUCUAAGAAGGCAUUAUCAAUUUUUUUUUAAAUGGUAUGGUUUCUCUCCAACCUGUAAAUUUCACCACAAAGAACAGCUAUAUAUAUAUUGGCCAAUAAUAAUAAACUAUGUCUCCUUUUUUUGUGUUAUAGUAUUUUUUAUAGUAAAGCUUAGGGAGAUUUUUUCUCACUUGUAAAAAUAUGUAAAUUAUCAGUCUCAGGUACAUAUAAUUAGCCAUAGCAAUGUACUCUAACUCUUUCUGCCUCUUGGUUUCAGCUUUUGUCAACUAUGAACCCUAAUAAAUUCAGGGCAUGUCAGUUUCUCAUCCGAUAUCAUGAAAGACGUAAUGACAAAAUCAUUGUUUUUUCUGAUAAUGUUUUUGCUCUGAAGCAUUAUGCUGUCAAACUAAACAAGUAGGUCAUGUUGUACCAAUGUUGUUUGAGGUUGUUAACUAUAUGCAUCUUAUUAUCAAAAGAAUCCAAGUCAGUCAUUCAGGACACCCAAAUAAGUAUUUCAUUAGUUAUGCCAAUAACACUGACCAACAAUGAUUUUGGUACUGAAAGUAGAACAUAUGAGUUGUUCGUAUUAUAAUGCUCUGAUUCCAAAUUUGAAAUUAGAAUCUGCCUAGCUCGUCUGGAUUUUAAGAUAUGCAUGCAUUCAAGAAAUUUAUAUAAUAUAAAUUAUAAUAUUGAAAAAAUAUUGAUUGCAAAGCAUAUGCGUUGCUCAAUUUGUCUGGAUCUAGCUUUAUUGGUUUGGAAAAAAAUUAUUAUAAAUUAUAGAAGUUAUACAGUAAUAUAGACCAAAUUUUUAAAAAAUUAACUAGCUUUAGUAAUUUUUGACCUAUGACAAAAAAAAAAAAAUGAAAAUGAGUUCGAAAAAAUGUUGGAAACAAAAAGUGUUUUUUAUAUUGUGCAUCGCCACAAUGACAAAUGGAGCCCUGAGAGGCCAUAUUAACUGCAAAAUGACACCUGUUCCGAACUGAUGUAAACAGUCUCAUCUUGAUGUUAGUUUAACAAUACCUGUUGAGAGGAGACUGUUCAUUGACACCAGCAAGGGAAGCUUGAAAACUAUAUUGUUGAACAAUGGUAUAAAAAAUUUAUAUGUUCCUUUAACUCACACUGGCCUCAAAAAGACAAAUGACUCAAUGAAACACAUUUUGAAAGUGAUCAACAGUUCAGAAAAUUCAAUGCAAACAUCUGUGCUGACCUAAAAGUGGAAGAUCUUCUAGGAUUUCAUCUGGGCUACACAAAACAUUUGUGCUUUUUUUUACUUGUGGAACAGUCCUGAUGACAGCAACCAUUGCAACAGUGCCCUCCUAGAUCUGAGCACAUUAUUGGGGCUGCAUAACAUUAAACACAAAUUUUUGUUUCACCAAUUGCAAGUGUACUUACCACCACUUCACAUCAACUCUAAAAGAAUGUUAUGUUGGCUUUUCAUUCACUCAUGAUCGAUGGAAAGGAAAAUGAUUUUUUCUCCCCACCUUUAUAUUUUCCAAAGUUAUUUUUAACAUGGAUCUAUAAUUUCAAAUAUCAAUUUAGUUAAAAACACUGAUGUGCCUAGUUGAUUGGGUUGUGAAAAAAAUUAGUAUAUAAAUUGGAAAAAAUAAAAAUAAUGUAGUCAAUGUGGUUAGUAGAAGAAAAAAAAACUGUCUGAGCCUAAUUCUUCCAUUUUAAUGAAAUUUCCAGUAAUGUUAGGCUAACAGACAUUUUCCUUUUAAUCUGAGGAAAACAAAAUGCAUGUGUUCAAUAAUUAAAAGAUCUUAUAGCUUUAGUCUUUUUGGAUUCACUGUAGAAUCAAGCAUGAAUUGGCAAACUUUGUCGACAAUGUUUCUGCUUCAGCAAUAUGAUGAUUAUAACUUAGCAUGCUGCAAUGGUUCCUUACAGUUAUGAAAUAGUGUGCAAUAUCUUUAUUUGAUUUAUAAAAUAGAGAGAAAUUCUUGAACUUAUUGUGCUUCCAUUGUUAAAUACAUAAGUAUUUCUGGCACAGGUUAUAAUCUCCAAUGUUCUUAAUAAUAGAGAAAAAAAUGGCAGAAAACCAAGAUAAUUUGAGUUUAAACUGAGCUUCGUAAAAAAAAUUUGUAGUAGCAAUGGAUUUUAAUCAAUAAGGUUUUCAGAAUAUUAAAGAGAAAUUUGGAGCAAUCAAAACUGAUGCAUAGCUAAAAAGAUUUAAUGGGGCCAGAAUUCUGCAACCUGAUGCGGGAUAAUUAGAACUAAGCUUAGCUUCAACUUUCCGCCUGGGAUGCAUGCAUGUUGGUGGUGCAAAACUUUUUUUAUGAAUCACUAAGCUCAGAACGAUGCUAACAGCCUACAAGCAAUUCGGCUCCUGAUGUCUGGAAAUGUAUUUGUUACAUUCUCAUCAGAAUUUUUUACCACCACACUUGGUUGUUAAAAGCGAUGAGCAUGGAGAUAGUUUUCAUGAGGUCUUUACCUUGGAAACACAGUGUUAAUGCCACUGCAAUUUAUACAUGAGGGAUGAUUACUUCUGGUUUCAGCAGGCAACAGCAGCCACACACAAGCACAAGAGCAAGUGCCUGAAGCACUUUUGAACUCUUAUAGUUAAGCUGUAGCUGAAAUUUUGAAAUGUAUAUAACGUAUGCUGUCAUCUGAGUUACAUAUAUAUAUAAUUUAUUUUAGAUUUUAAAACUUUAUCCUAAGAUUAUUUUUCUUAAAUAUUAUUGUAUGACUUUAAUAGAUUUUGGUAUGUUUUUAUUAAGACUUUCUAUGGACUUUUUUUAAAUUGAAGAAAUCCAACAUAAAAUUUCUUAUUGGAAAUAUGUUAUUUUUAACAAAUUCAAUUUCAAGUUUUUAAAGAAUAAAUAACAUAUUUAUUUAAUGCCUAAUCUGGGUAUACUCACACAGUUAUUUAAACAAAUACUAGCUCUACUCUGUAAUUUGUUUGCAUAAUAAUAAAAAUAAUUUUAACAUGAAGCUGCAUAACUUAAAAUCCUGAUGUGCUACACAAUAUCUGACUUCAGAUUUGGAAUCAGUACACUCGAUGUAGUAUAAAUCAAAUGACAUAUGUUCAGUAACAGACAAAAAAAGUGUGGUUUUUUUGUUGUCCAGUGUAUUUAACAAUCACAAGCACAAUUUAAGAGCAGGUGUAGCCCCCCAAUAAAAAUUAGGAAAGAGACUAUUAACCUUCUUUUUCCCAUUUUUGAUUCAAUUAAGACCUUACCUCUAUGGACCAACAAGUCAAGGUGAAAGACUGCAAAUUUUACAAAACUUUCAACACAACCCAAAAGUGAAUACAAUAUUUGUAUCAAAGGUAAAUUUAUUUUACUAAACAUAAAUCGUAGGGAUUUUGUUUUUUUAUGCAAAAAAAAACUAUGAAGAAUACCUGAAAUAAGUUGAUAAUACAAGAAAAUCAAAUUACCCAUCAAAAUAUAGUUCAUAAUUAUUUCUAAUUAUCAAAAAGUGUAUAGUGGGGACUCUCACAAGUGCCCCCAACAUAAAGAAUAUACAAAAUACAAAUUAUAUAAUUGUUGAUAAAUAAUUAUGAAUGUGAAUGUUUUAAAAGUGAGACACUUUAGAAUAUUUUAAAAACCUAUUGAUUUUAUAGUUUAAUCCCAACAGGUGUUUUCUUAAUGGUAGCAUUAAUCUCAUAAUCAAGGGGUAGGAGGUACAAGUGUGGUUAACUCAUCUGUGGGCUUAUUAUAACCAAGGAAAAUGGAUUCAUUUAUCCAGCAGGGCAGUUAAGCUUUGGGAGGAGGAAAUACUUGAUAAAAUUAAAAUUAUUUUUAAAAAUUCCUAUUUAUGGCAUAAACAGACUUAUUAUGGAUGACAGCAAAAGCAAAAAUAGUACAGUAAUCAGCCAUCUUAGUACAAAAUACUGGUAUCAACUGCUGUUGGGAAAAAAUAGAAAGAAAAAAAACAAAAAUGUAUCAUAAUUUCAGUGUACUUUCAACUUAAUUUGUCUCUAGGUGGCUGAUACUUCCUUUGAUCUGCCAGAAGCCAAUGUUCUCAUUCAGAUUUCUGCACAUGGAGGCUCCAGGAGACAAGAAGCUCAGCGAUUGGGAAGAAUUCUCAGAGCCAAGAAAGGUAUUGCUUUUUUUUUUCUCGUUAAAACAGCUGGGUAAAAAAGAGUGUAUAAAUUUUAUCAAUAUCAUUAUUGAUUUUAAACAAAUUGCACUUGGACUUCUUUUCUUAACGGUUAGUUGUUCUACUACUGUGAAAUCAUGCAGUUAGCUGGGGAUAGCAAUCAGGAUUUCUGGUAAUGUUAUACAAGGGAGCAUGUGCUCCAAAUGAAUACAGUUGUGAAAAAGAAUUAGAUUUAUUGCAAUGAUUUCAUCUUAAAAUUUAUUACAUUCUUUACAUACCAGUACAAAAAAAAAAUUUUUUUAAAGUUACAUUACAAUGAUAAAAACGAAGAAAUGUAGUUUUAUGGUUACUCUAGAUGUUGUUUUUAAAAAAACUCAUUUAUAUAGUCAAUAUUUAUGUUCUUAUUCUAUAAAGUAAGGGCCCACGAUUAAUGUAUUGAUCAUUCUGGCUCCUAUAUUGUAUUUUUCAUAUCAAUUUAUAAUUUUUUAUUUAUUUUUCAAGAAAGGCUGAAGCUCAGUUCUCAAUUUAAUUCUAUCAAGGAUUUUUCAGUGUUGUUAACUAUCGUACUUACCCUUUUAUCAUUUCCACUCUGCAGGAUCAGCAGCUGAGGAGUACAACGCAUAUUUCUACUCUCUUGUUUCUCAAGACACUAAUGAGAUGGCAUUUUCCUUGAAACGUCAGCGGUUUCUUGUUAACCAAGGUUACAGUUACAAAGUGAUUACAAAGUUGGAAGGAAUGGAUCAGGUAACAAAAAAAUUUUGAAGUUAGCAACUAUUUUAUUUUAACUCUGAAAUGUAAAGUGGGGAAAGUGUAAUAUUUUGAAUUGUUAAAUAAAAUGGAUGAUGGGUGGACAAGUGGUCUAAACUGAGUCAAUCUCAAGUAUGUGGUCUGAAGCUGAAUCCCCACCAAAGCCCAGUCAAGUCAUACAAAAACAUCACCAGCACCCGGGGUGGAUGGGACUCGUUAACCUUGGAUGGCAACUCAUCUAAGAGAAGGACACUCAUGACAUUGACACAAUGAAACAUUCUGACAACUUCUGUGACGCCGCUGGUGCCAGCUGUAUCAUCCACAUAAUGUUCCCUUGGGUUAUCCAGCAGCAUGGAGAGAAGCGAUUUGCUGUGUGGGGAACCAGCUUAUAAUCCUAAAAAAAAAGAAUGAUCUCAGGCGUUGUGGAUUUCAUUAUUGAGACGGAUGGAUUCCAGCAUAAAAUGGAAAUCCUUUUUUCCAGUAUAUAUAUCAUACUAUAUGACUUAACACUUAUGUGAUCUUUUUAUGCACAAUCCCCCAAUAUCACUAGUUACAAUCUGCCGUGCUGUUAAAAAUGAACAAGAGUUUAUUUUUGCUGUAUUUCAAAGAGUGAUAAUGUACUAGUAGUAGAAAAUCAUGUGAUUCAUUAUGUGAUCAUAAAAGCUAUGUCGAACCUUGUAUGAUCUUAACAAUCUUUUGACUUUAUUCUUUUAAUGGGCCAAAAUAAUUUAACUUAGAUUUGGGAAAGGUGAUGACAGCGUAAAUAUAAAAAAGUUACAGGUAGUCUUAUGGGAUGACCCCAAAAAACACAGGGGGAGGUGACCUUUUCUAGAAUUGAGGUCCUGAAAUGUUUGAAGUUUAUUUAAAUGAAAAUUUGAUAUUGUAAAAGGUUUACAUUCUUGCGUUGGUGACUUUAAUAAAAAUGCUAUUUAAUACUUUUAGGAAGACUUGUUCUACCGUUCCAAGGAGGAACAAGUUCAACUUCUACAAAAAGUGCUUGCCGCAACAGAUGAAGAUGCAGAAGAAGAAAGAAUGCUCGGAGAAUUCCCAGGAAAAUUUUCGGUAGGUUUAAAUAUUGGUGUUUUUUUUUAAAGAUUAAAAAAUAUGUAACAUUUCUUAUAGUAAUGAUUCUUUAUUUUAUAUCAGACGUUAUGCAAAACCCUUAUAACAAUUGUAGCUCCUAGCAGAAAGUGCAGGUCCCAUCGAAAAGGAACAAUCCAUUCAUAGAUUUAUUACAGUCAUCUAUAUUCCUCUCUGUACCAUAACCACAAAUAUCUAUAGGGGAUAUGCUGACAAACUUGGAAUAUAGUCUCCAGUUAUUCCACUCCUAUUAUCAAAAAGCUUCUAACCACUAAGGUAGUUUGGGUGGGCACGUUUACUAUUUAAACAGGGCAAGCCUUUAACCUUGGAAACUUUGUAACCUCCUUUAGAUAAUAUGUCAUGUCUAUUUCUUUCCAGAUCAAUCGUAAAGUGGGGAGCAUGAAUUCCUUAUCUGGAGCAGAUGACGCUAUUUAUAUGGAAUAUUCUGGCAGAGGACGCAGCAGAAAAGCUGAACAUGUUCAUCCUUUGUUUAGAAAAUUUAAGAAACCUUAACCUGUAAGUCUAAUCUGAUUUUUUUAUGCUGUUCAAUUGGGGUCAAUUAUUCAAUUAACAUGGAGAUACAUUCUGCAAAAAAGGAUUUGUUGAAAUAUGUUCAAAAAUUGCUUAGUCCUCCUAAUUUAGGGCUCUCUGUAGGAUGGCAGCAAUCGCCUUAAAAUACAAUAAGUUUUUGUUUCUUACUUAAAAUAUUUUGUUGAUACUUUACAAACUACAGUUCUGAUUGCACCAUCAGCAAUUGUUUUAAGUAAACUAUGGCAUUCCUAGGCAUUAUUAUGCUAUUGUGCAUGAGUACCAUGGUUAACAAAACAUUCUUUGGCAUUCAUUUCAUUUGCAUUUAAAAAAGGUGGGUUUUUUUUAAAAAGAAAUUGUUUUUCCCAUCUAUAGUUUAAUGUACUGUAUCGUAACUCCACAAAUUGUACCUGAAAGAAAGUUUUUAAAACAAAUGGUGAUAAUGAGAGAUUUGCAAGUGACAAGUAAGAAGUGUGACAUGUACAAUUCAAUCCAAUUGAAAAUGGACAUGAUUGUUUUGUACAAAAUUUAAAAUCAAGAUAUUGUCUGUUUUCCUGCAACAUUAAAUAUGUGUACAUAUUUUUCACUUUUCGUACAAAUAAAAUAAUUUCAAAAAGUUCAUGUUGCUCAUUACCUGCUUUGUUUUUAUGUAUUUUCCCAACUAUGGUUUAUGACUAAAUGGAGCGGCAUUGUUUCAAAGAGUCAUUUUCAUGCUGCUCUGGAAUCUGUUGAAUUUCCCUUGUGUUUCACUAGAUGUAUUGGCUACUGUUUCGCCACGUAAUACCAAAUUGUUUUUUUGUUUUUUUUUAAUGAAGACAAAAAUAGCUUUAGCAGCAUAUACGAUUUAAUGAUAUAUUUAAUUAAGUAUCUUUAAAUUGUCGAUAAACUCAUUCCCACUUUAUUCAUUGAUGAUAUUGAAGAAGAUCAUUGCUAAGUUAUAAAAGUAUGCUACUGUGUUAAUUUUAAAUUAAAUUUUGCAACAGUUGAAAAUAUUUUAAACAAAUCUGAAAAAUUGAACUUUUUAUUUUAAUUCACUUACACAUUAUCA